AAGUUUUCAGUUUGACAAUGAUAAAAAUAAGGAAAUAAACAAAUUGAUUAAACAAUCUAUUCCUAAUAGAAUGAAUAUGGAAAUAUCAUAUUGGAAGAAGGUUUAUGAUUUGGUUGUGUUAGUAAUAGAAAAGAAGAAAGAUAUUGAUCUUGAAGUUUUUCUUGAAGAAAUAAGGGAUUUGAAUAUUACGUUUAAUUAUCUUCAAGAAGUUAAUCAAAAUGAAUUUGAGUCUUUGGUUAAUUUAAUAAUAGAAAAAUAUAAGAAGAAAUUAAAGCAUACUUCUUCAUUCGUUUGA